AUGUUUACCAAGGGAUUGCUGACCGCAUUGGCCGUGCAGAGCUGCGUCGCCGCAGUGUCAAAGGCCCGCGAUGAACACGCGUCGUGUACGAAGACAACGGUCGCAAUUCUGGGCGGUGGAAUGGCCGGAGUCGCCGCGGCUCAAGCGUUGCAUAAUUCCUCCAUUGACGACUUUGUCAUUAUCGAGUAUCGCGAUACCCUUGGUGGACGUGUCGCCCAUACCGACUUUGGCAAGGACGAGAAUGGGAAGCCUUACACGGUCGAGCUGGGGGCCAAUUGGGUAUGUGGUGCAAGGAUUGGGCUCGCCGGGGGUCCUGAAAACCCUAUCUGGACUUUCGCGAAGAAAUGGAAUCUCAACAACACCUAUUCCAACUACAGCUCUAUCCUCACCUACGAUGAGAAUGGCUUCAAUGACUACGCAUCCAUGCUGGAUGAAUUUGAGGACAUGUACGACGAAGCCUCUGAGCAGGCCGGGAUCCUUCUCAAGGAGAACCUGCAGGACCAGACUGCUCGCACCGGUCUUGCCCUCGCCGGCUGGCGACCCAAGAUCGACGACAUGAAAGCCCAAGCCGUCGAGUGGUGGGAAUGGGACUGGGAAGACGCCUACUCGCCCGAAGAAAGCUCCUUUAUCUUCGGCGCUGCCGGCGAAAACCUCACCUUCAACCAAUUCAGCGAUGCUAACAACUACGUCUGGGACCAGCGCGGCUACAACCACCUCAUCAAAGGCGAAGCCUCGACCUUCCUGAAGAAGAAUGACCCUCGUCUGCAGCUCAACUCCAUCAUCACAAAUGUGACUUACACCGACUCGGGCGUGACAAUCCACAAGAAGGACGGCAGCUGCGUGCAAGCCGCGUACGCAGUCUGCACCUUCUCCCUGGGCGUCCUGCAAAACAACGCCGUCUCUUUCAGCCCCAAACUCCCCUACUGGAAGCGGACCGCGAUUGAGAAAUUUAGCAUGGGCACCUACACCAAGAUUUUCCUGCAAUUCAACGAAACCUUCUGGCCGCGCGAUACGCAGUAUUUCCUCUAUGCAGACCCCACAACCCGAGGCUACUACCCGGUCUGGCAAUCCCUCUCCGCACCCGGCUUCCUCCCCGAAUCAAACGUCAUCUUCGUUACCGUCGUCUCGCAAGAAGCUUAUCGCAUCGAGCGCCAAUCCGACGAAGAAACUAAGGCCGAAGUCAUGAAAGUUCUCCGGGACAUGUAUCCCGAAAAAGACAUCCCCGACCCCAUCGCAUUCAUGUACCCGCGCUGGACAACGACCCCCUGGGCCCACGGGAGCUACAGUAACUGGCCGCCGUCGACGACACUGGAGAUGCACGAGAACCUGCGGGCCAACGUCAACAGGUUGUGGUUUGCGGGCGAGGCGACGAGCGCGCAGUACUUUGGUUUCUUGCAUGGAGCUUGGUUCGAGGGGCAGGAUGCUGGUGAGCAGAUUGCGAAGUUGUUAAAGGAUGAGUGUAAGAAUGUUUCGGAUACUAGUGUUGAUUGUGGGGAUCGCCGGUAUUAUGACACGCUUCAUGGGUCGUCGCCGUUGGCGGAUUAUAGUGUUUUUGAUGGGUGGGAGGUCAGUAGUUUUUACUCGAGUAGUUAG